UCUUCUUCUUCUUCUUCUUUCUUUUCUUUUCCUUUUUCUUUCUCUUUCUGAUCCACCUCCCCUAGGUUACACCUCCACUACCAUCACCACCACCUCUACCAUCUGCUAUCAAGAGACUGAAAGUCCGAGCUCGCGAGUUUCGCGCCGUUGGAAGAAGAGAUCAGUAGUAAACCAUUCGACGAAGUCGGUUGAAUUUUGACCUCGAUAGGAAACAGGUGUACAAAGAUUCGUGUUCGCGAAUUAUACGAUAAAUUGAUAAAUUAUAAGGAACGAUCAUAGCUCUACCUAGUGAUCAUUGCGUGUGUAUAUCGAGUGAGAAAAUCAUCGAUCUCUAUAGAUCGAUCUUCCGAGAGAGAGAAAGAUUAAAAAUUCUGUAGCUGAGAUGAAAAUACGUUCGCUUAUAAUUUUGACGGUCGUACUACUAUCCUCGUUUAACGUCGACUCGAAGGAGGAUCAGAAAGACGAUGGAAUCUACGAGGAUAAAAAUCCAACAAAAGAGGACGUUUCUGUUUCUUCGACGAUCAACGAGGAGCAAAUUAGUGUCAAGAACAGGACCGAUAAAGUACGAGACAUAGUGAAAUCCGCCCUGAAAGUGACCGAGAAGAGGGAACAGAUCGGUCAGGUAAUACCAAUAAUACGUAAUAUGUCGGUACGACAAAAAUUACUUAUGGCGAGAUUAAUUUCAAAGAGAAUAAACGAUAACGAAACAACACCGUCUUCUGCAACCGUGGAUGCUCGAUCUCUGUUUGGCGACAAUGAUAACAACAGAAGGAACGCCUCGAGAGCUUUGAUGUUGCCUAUCAGUGCAGAUAUUGCAAGGAUCAUUUCCGACGAUAUUUCUGGAGACGAGAUGGAAGAGGAUGAAGAAGAGGAGAUGGAAGAGGAUGAAAUUGUGAAGGAAGAAGUUGAGAAGAACGAGAAAGAUGAGGAUGCAAAGGACGAGGAGGAGGGGAAGGAGAAAAAAAAGGAUGAGGAGGUAAAGACCGAGAAGGAAAAAGAAGAAGAAGAAGAGGAUGGGAAGGAAACUGCAGAGGAAUUACCAAAGGCACAAGAGUUGCGAUCGGCAAGACCUGUCCCAAGAAGACGACCCUUUUAUCGGAUGCCGCCGCCUCCACCGGUGAAUCUAUCAACGAGAAGACCGUCUUCUCUUAACAGAAGAAACGUUUAUGCAGAUCCACCGAGAACGUCUCCAUUGAGACCAUCGAGAAAACCUUCCGAGCCAAAGAGGGUUCCCACGGAUAAGGAAUGUACUUUCUUUUCUAAAACCGUAUGCCUCGAGGCUACGGAUUAUCCGCACGAAGCGAUAACGAGGAGCUUGAGAAACAACAAAGACAUGGUGUCAGCUUUGUUGACCGAUUACAAGGUACAAGAGGGAAGAUUCGACGAUCAUUCUUCGCCUAGCCCUUUUGAAAAUCGAUACGAAAAUCGAUUUGAGAAUCGUUACGAGAGUAAUGAAAUUAAAAGAUCGGACAAUCCAUUCGAUAACGUUGAAGAAGGAUUCACAUGCCCGUCUACGGUUAAAUAUGCACGUCCACAAUUGGCUAGAGCAGCAUCUGGAAUUUGGAAAUACAUAAUAAAUACAGGAGAGCAUACUCAAACGUUACGUUUGGAGAAGUGUUCAAAUACUCGAAGUAGUUGUUCCUUCAUAUCGGAGAACUAUCGUUCUUCCUGCGUGCAAGUUUACAAUUAUCAUCGAUUGUUAACAUGGGAUUCGAAAUUAGGUCUUCAUAUGGAUAUAUUCAAGGUACCUACUUGUUGCAGUUGUCACGUUCAUGGUUAUUCCGAAAUAUUUCCACCGCAUGAAAAAGAUCCGCCGCCGAAACCGAAAGAAAAAUUUCCUGGUGCUGAAUUUGUUACCAAUAACGAGUCAAAGGACGAUUAUCCGGAAUUGAGCAAACCUAAUCAUAAUUACGUCAGUAAAUACAACAAUCCAAGUUCGAGCUACGAUUCGAAUAUCGGAUUAUCCAGUAACAAAAGACCAGUGAUCGAAACUUCGUCGACCAGCCGACCUAGUUUCACACUUCCUGGACGAACCAGAGCAAAGGGACCCUCGACCAUUCACAGACCCUUUGAUAAAUUACCUCAACAACAUGCACCCAAUACUAGAGCUCCUGGAUACAUUGGACCAUUGAACAAGGGACACUCUUCUAGACCUACUAGACACAGACCACCGUUCAGAAGGGAGUCUCUUCAAAUGGAAGAAUUCUCUGAUAAUCCUAAUAAUAGCUCGUUGAACAGAUAUAGUCAACCGUACGAUCAAGAUACAAACGCUUCUACCAGAUUACAAAAUGGUGGCUUCGACGAAGAGUAUCAAGAACCUCCAAGACGAAUCAAUUAUAACUAUCAUCCGAUCUUAGAUUUCUUUAAACCGGAAGCAUCGAUGUUGCAAUCUUCGGAAAUCAAAUUCCCAUUGCAAUUGUCCGAUGUUCCAAACGAUUCGAAUUCUUGGAAACCAAUGUUAACAUCUUAGAAUAUCUCGUUAUCUUUUAUCAGUACCUGACGCAUCGUUCUUUCGUAAAGAAUUGUAAUUAUCUUCUUUUCUAUUUGUUAUUUAUCAAAAUUCAUGAUCGAUCCGAACGAUCGUGUAUUAUAUAAA